CCGCGCCACCUUCACCGCACCGCGUUUAACACACAAAUCGCCGUAUCACAAUACCGAACCGUUCACUAUCCAGCCGACGGUUGUGUCAGAUACUGUGUCCCUGUGCUAGUGUAAUAAUUACUUUGUUGUUGUUGUUCUGUUCGCAAAAAUAAACUCACUGUCGUUGUGCUUUUACAAUAAAUAAAUAAAAAAACGCAUUUUUUUUUUUUUAAGAGUUGUUGCGCGGUGCGGCGGACAGGUUGAAAACAAAAAUUCCGAAAUUUGUCCCCUGCGGCACCUUCGAACAAAACCGAUCCUCCACGAGUGUGCGGCACCAUCAUUAAUUGUACUGGGAGUUGCUCUUUGAGUGUCUAGUCGCACCAUGGCGACGCAUAAAUCUGUCAUCAUUUUUGUCGUCACUUUGUUAUUGGCAUACACUGUGUACAACACCAAUGCUAUUCUGUCGGAGCAGUUGGAUUGUCCGGAGGACUGCGAUUGCCAUUUUUUCCGGAUCAAUUGGGUGACCGACUGUUCGGAGAGCAAUCUUACCGGCAUCCCUCACGAUGGGCUCGACAGCAAUGUGUACAUUCUUAACAUGAACGGUAACCACCUGAAGGAAAUCGAACCGUUCCCAGCCGACCUCAAGCUCAGGACACUGACGUUGGCCGAGAACAUGCUGACCAAGAUCCACAAAACAACUUUUGCCGGCCUACACUAUUUGUUGGACAUCGAUCUCUCCUCCAAUCUGAUCAAUUACGUCGAUCCAGAAUCAUUUGUGGACAGUGCUGGGUUGAUUACAUUGGAGUUACAAGGGAAUCCGCUGGAACCAGUAGAAGGCCCAUUCUUGUAUUCAAAAUCGUUGUUGUACCUCUACCUGUCGAACUGUCACCUGUCCAAAUUAUCGCCUCACUUUUUCGCCAACAUCAGUGGCUUAGACAAACUGGAUCUGUCCGGCAAUCCACUUCAUAUCAUCGAGCCCGGCAUAUUCGAUCCUCUGACCAGCCUGAAACAUCUCAUACUCAAUAACUGCAACCUCACACAUAUUUCCAGCGUUGCGUUUUCCAGUCUUGGCCAUCUCACCGUUUUGGAAUUGGCCGGAAACAGUUUAAAAAGCCACGUCGACUGGACUCUAAUUCUGGGCAGUUUGGGCCGACUUGAACAUCUCGACCUAAGAGAGUCGGGCGUCUCGAAUUUACCCGAAAAUGUUUUCUCGAACAACACAUGGUUGAGGAGUUUAGUGUUGGCGGAAAACGAGUUGUCGGAUCUCGAUGUCGCUACGACUUUGGGUCACAAUUUAGUACACUUAGACUUCCUCGAUCUCAGUUACUGUCAUUUAAAAGGACCAUUAUCCGAAGACGCGUUUGCGAACGCUACAAAACUGCGGACGCUUAUUCUGUCUGGUAACCCUUUGUCUGCUGCCGACUUGGCAGUGGCUUUAUCGCCAUUGUUAAAGUUGGUGAAAUUGUCGUUGAGAGAUUGCGGCUUGACACGACUGCCGGCAAACACAUUCCACAAAUUCACCAGCUUGCAAGAACUGGAUAUAUCGAGAAACCCAUUGAACAACGCUUUCACAGCACUUUUAUCUCCGUUGGAGUCGCUGGAACAUUUGGACAUGGGCUACAGUAAUCUACAAAGAAUUUCCAGGACCACAUUCUUGAAAAUGUCUGCUUUGAAAACGCUUAUAUUGUCCGGAAACAAACUCAAGAGUCUCGAAUCGGGAUUGUUCCAAAAUCUCACUCGGUUGGAAGUAUUGGAAUUGAACAACUGUGGCUUGGCCCGCCUCAACGACACCGUGUUUUACGAUAACUUCACGUAUCCGGACCUUCAAGAAUUGAGACUGUCUGGAAAUCCUCUGCAAGUCCCUGAAGAAGGUCCUAUAUUACCGUUACAGUUGUCGGGAUUGAAAAAUUUAGACAUAAGCAAUUGCAAUUUGAGUAGGUUGCCCGUAGACGCUUUUGCGUCCACGCCCAACAUCACCGAACUCUUAUUGGGCGAUAACAAGCUCAGAAACGAAGAAGAGAACUCGAUGAAAUUCUUGGAACCCCUGUCAGGAUUGGAACAAUUGGACUUGAGUGCAAACAAUCUGUCUUCGAUCAAACCGGACAAAUUUACUUACAACCAUCAACUGAUGUCGUUAAAACUAGUCGGCAACCCGUGGAAGUGCGAUUGUUACGUGAUGGACAUGUGGGAAUGGGCUUCGGCAAUCAAAGGUAACAUUGGCGUGCUGGUUGGUUCGACAAAAUCCAUAGACACCAAUAUCAACAAUAAGAAAAAGAAGAGUUUGGUGUGCAACUUUGACCCGAAGACUUCGCCCAUCAAGGAAACAAAACUCAAGACGCUCAGAAAAGAUCCUAGCGUUCAACGCACCUGGGCUAGAUACGUGCGCGAAGCUAACUGUCCUCACAGCACGAUUUUGGCGAGACCAGCAAGGAUCGUUACCAGAGAAGUACAUGGCUAUCAGCAUCUAGAAGCUGAUGUGGGAAGCCAACAAAAAUGGCAGUCGGUCAAGCCCCUCUACUUGUGCGCAAUCAUUUUAUUGGUGUCUAUAGUGGGUAUUGUGUUAUUGAUGAAACGCAAAGAGAAAACAAUAAAAAUGGACAAAGACAUUUUGAGCAAUUCUGUUGAAGCCGAUGUUGUCCAAUCGUCCAAAAGCGCUGCCACCAACAUAUCUCGCAGGACAACCAAGUGACAGGUCGGCAGAACGGAUUAAACUUCCACUGUACGGUGUCACCGUUUUUAAAAUAAGAAUUUUUUUCUUCUUUUUAUUUUCGUUUUAGUAGCCAAGCACGUUUUUACCAUACCAAACAAAAAAACAAAAAUACCAUACGUAUAAGUCGAUUUAUGUAUUUUAUUUUAGAAAUUAAUCUUAACGUUAUGUUCUAAUUUUUUAUCCAAUAAUUUAUAAUUCAGUAUUUGAUUUCCUAGCAGAAAAGUUCCUAAAGUUCGGUAGUCGUUUGUCAGCGGUGUUGGACAAGUCAAUCAAAAGCAAUGUUUCUCACUUUUAUACUUUCAUUCCAAAUGCAAGGUCAAACAGUAGCAGGGUGUAUAAUAAUAUACUCACACUUUUUUUUUUUUGAAAGAACAAUAGACUACUAGUCGAGUGUCCAUGUUUCAUUGGUUUUUUUUUAUUUUUUAUGAUUUGGAUUGACUGAUCAAAUAUGUAUUAUAUAUGUUAUAGUUAUUAAGCUUUUCAUAUAAUCUUAUUGUGCACGCUCUCUGUAAAGCAACCGUCUCCGACCAUAGAUUGUGAUGCUAUUAGCCUUUGACAUUAAUGUUAUAACUAUGGCGUAAUGUAAACCUAUUUUUAUUUAUGAUAAAUAAUAACUAUAAUAUACAUUAUCAACCUAAUAUUUUAGUUAUGAGAAUUUAGUUAUAUUUAGCAAAUAAUUGGUCAUAUUAUUCUUGUUAUAAUAUUUGUAUAUCUAUUAAAAAUUAAAUUGCAUCUUAA